AUGAAUGACCUUCAACAUGCCCCGUCUAGUCGCGGGGUUCCGCAUGUGGAGGCCAGUGCGAACACCGGAUCUGUGAACACUUCAACAUCACGAGCGCCAGGAGCCCCAACUCGCACGGAACAAAUUCAGGUUCCUCGGUCUCCUCAACCAUUAUCUCUGCAUAUAGACGGGUUGAACGCCCAAAUUCAUGACAAGACCAGCGCCUUCCCACAAUAUGUUGAGUCCUCGGAACGCGAUAGCGAUACAUCUGCUGAUGCUCGUCGGCCGGAGCCACAAUCCGCGAGCACCUUCACAGACUCGUUGUCCAGUCUUCCCUCCUCCUCGAUGAACGAUUCAAGUCAAUCUAUCAAAAUUGAAAACUCUCAGUCCUCUACCGAUGAUGCACAAACCCCAAAGACAUACUCGGACUCUCAAGACCAAUUAUCUGUGAAUGGAAAUGGGUCAACUGACGGCUAUACUUCGGAGAAGAAGAGUAAUGGCUCCAUGUCUCCGCCGCAGUCACAAAAUCAUCCGAUUUCGCGGCCAGGAAACGGAGUACACUUUGCUCUGGGACAUAAGAGGACAGCCACUGGGGAUAUCAAACCCAUAUCAAGUCUUGCGCAGCCUCAAACUUUCGACGCCCAAGGGGCCCUCCGAAGGCGGUCGAAGAGCACAGGCUCGCCGGCUCAUGGAAAUAGAAUCGCACAGCUGUCUGUCCACAUUCGUACUCGCCUAUCAUAUGCUGCGGCCAAGAUUGAAAAGUCUCGACAGGCGCGUGACAAUAAUACUCAACUUGCCAUUCAAGGAUUAGAAAGUUUGUCAUCAGCGACUCCAACAUCAAACGGUGCAAUGCAAGGCUUGACCCCAACAUCUCAUCCACAGCCUUCAUCAUCAACACCCACGCCUCGCAAUUUCCCCUCACAUCAUCGUUCUCGUUCAGCCAUCUCAUCUGGCAAACUUCUUCAUAUCCCCAAACUAGCGCCUCCCGUUGAUAUUAUAUCAUCCACCGGGGAUACACGCCGGCGCAGACCUAAUCCAAAUACAACUACAAAACCAUAUGAGCGCAGCCCUUAUGCCCGUCAUCAUCGACGGCACAAUUCAGUCCAGGAACCCUCCCUUGCCAAAACGUUAGGGUCGCCACCAGCAUUGGGACCAGGAAAUUCACAUGUUCCACCUUCUGCACGCAUGCCGCUAUCAGCACAGCACGAGGUCUAUAGAUCUCGCACCCAUUCUCAAAGCACAGCGAUGGAACAAGACGCAAUUGAGACACUCAUGUUCAUGUCCAGUCCGGAGAAUUCUGGAUAUCGCUCCAGUCCACGUCCUUUACAGCCGCCCGCCUCGCAGCUCAGUCUAAAUGAGUCAAUCCACUCGCUCUCGAACGGCGUGGCAAGUGAUUAUCAUAGCCAAAGCUCAUUAAGCGAAAAGUCCCAUAAUGGCCGUAGCUUUGAGCUCAGGCCUUCAGGCUCCGGGCUGGAAUCUCACGCAGGAGACGAAAUCGAUCGUAUAUUGGAUCAAAUGGAAAGUGACAGUGAGGAUGAUGAGCGAUAUGCCUCACACCGCCCUCGACCUCGCCUACAGGCUUCCCACUUCCCGAGAACCUAA